AUGUCUUACGAGAGCAGACAUGUAGCAGCAGCAUUCCUUGCAGGUACGACUGUGACUUACCUCGCGUUCGCUGCUUGGCAAUAUCUCGCUUCUCAACCAGACCAAACACAAACUGCUCGCAGAAGAAGGACUAAGCUCGGGUUGGCCAAGUCAUCGCCUGUGUCCAACAAGAGUCCCGGCCAUGACGACCCCAACUCUCCAUUCAUCUCACAAUCAGGUGUCGGUGUUGGUAUUGAGUCCACUAUAAGCAACACUCCUUUAGUCCUCAUCAAAUCCCUCUCAGAGCACACAGGAUGCACAAUUCUUGGCAAAUGCGAAUUCCUCAAUGGUGCAGGUAACUCUCCCAAAGACCGAGUCGCUCUCAGUAUCAUCAACAAGGCCGAAGCUGAAGGACUAUUGACGCCUCAUUCAGGUGAUACGAUCUACGAAGGCACGGUGGGCAGUACAGGCAUUUCUCUUGCGACCUUGGCACGGGCACGAGGAUAUAAAGCACAUAUAUUGAUGCCCUCUGAUCAAGCCACUGAGAAGAGUGACCUGCUUGUCAAACUUGGCGCCAUUGUGGAACGGGUCACACCAGCACCAAUCGUGGACCAGAUGCAUUUUGUGAAUCGUGCACGCAAUUUAGCUAAGGACCAUACUGCCAACCCCCAGAAGCCAGGGAGAGGGUUGUUUGCUGAUCAAUUCGAGACUGACGCGAAUUGGCGCGCACACUACGAAGGUACUGCACCCGAGAUCCAUGAGCAGACUGAUGGAAAGAUUGACGCCUUUGUUGCUGGCGCCGGGACAGGCGGCACAAUUAGUGGCUGCGCAAAAUACUUCAAAGAGAAAUUGGGUGCGAACGUCCAAGUCGUUCUUGCAGAUCCACAAGGAAGUGGGCUCUACAAUAAGGUAAAACAUGGUGUCAUGUUCCAUGGGCUAGAAAGAGAAGGUACUCGACGAAGACAGCAGGUCGACACCGUUGUUGAAGGCAUUGGUUUGACCAGAUCUACACGAAACUUCGAAAUAGGAAGUGACCACAUUGACGAUGCGAUCAAAAUCACGGAUGGCCAGGCCCGAAGAAUGGCACGAUGGCUAUGUGAAAAAGACGGAAUUUUCGUCGGUAGUUCUAGCAGUGUUAACUGCUAUGCUGCCGUUAAGACUGCACUUCAAUUAGGUCCUGGUCAUACAGUCGUAACCAUACUCUGCGAUUCAGGCAUGCGACAUUUGUCGAAGUUCUGGAAACAGGUUGGUGAUGUCGGUGGUGAGGAGGAUAUGACAUUCGAAGAUCUUAUGAAAUAG